CAUAUUCACACAGUCUAAUCCUUAUACUCCAAUACACUCAGAUAUUUACAGAGGCUUACAGCCUAUUCUGUGGCUAUAUCCACCAGACCAAAGGAGAUGCAAUGAGCGUGUGCAAAGCUCUUCUUACUCACUGAGAUGACUGAUCUGCCUUUGCUUUCUGAAUGGUGAAUCCCUGCUUCAUCUUACUUUUUAAGUAAGGACUCAUCAUUUACCUACCUAAGAAGUGCCCAAUACACCGGGAUUUAUACACGCUCUUGCUGUAAAACAAAUACGUGCUGAAUAAGACUAAAAAACUUAACUCUACUAGCCCUGGACAUGUCUACGCUGAAGGAUGUGAAAGAUCCGAAAUUUCCUCCAGGGGAUCCUGACUCAUGAAUGAUGUAAGCGCUCAAGAAAACUCGGAAAACUGCGUUACCAUGACAAGGAAGCUUUAGUAGUAAACUUUGUCUACAUUUAUACUGAAUCCAGACAACCCAACCCAGCCCAACCCAGCCCAGCCCAACCCAAACCAGCCCAGACGAGCCCAGCUUAGCCAGGGGGUUCCUUUCUUCCACAACACAUGGAGGUAUAAGGCACAGGGGGAGCAUGAUCUAUGGUCCCCAAUCCUGGCUUACAUUACAAAAUGAGGGAUUUACCCUCCCAACCUCUUUCCUGAGGUCAACACAACACAACGCCACCCUGAUAAGUCCGACUUAGCGGGGCACUCGAGUUUCAAUGCUCCACGCUGUUCUAAGAUGAAGUUAUGGAAAAAGGCCAUUUUUGCCUUUAUACUCCUUAGUGCUGCUCUCUUACUUCUGCUCUUCAUAACAAUGAAACCCGCUGGGCCCAUCAUCCCCUGGGCCUCAGCCGUGUCUGUACAUCCUUCAACAAUAACCAUCACACCAUCACCACCAUUAUCAUCUUCAUCUUCACCCAUGUUCUCCAGUCUUCAGCGGGCACCCAGAGCAUCUGAGGACACGAAUUCUCUCCUAUCUGAGUUUUCAUACCUGUUUCAGAGCUUCACUGAGGGAGAGUUGCAGAGGGUCAUCAGGUCACUAGUGGACAGAAAAGUUGGGAGAAGGACCAAGCGUGCGAAAAGCACAGAGACAUGCUCAUUGCACCAGGUGGUGCUAACAGUGAGUGAGCUGGGCCUGGGCUAUGAAAGUGACGAGACGGUGCGCUUCCGUUACUGCAGAGGGAAGUGCACCAGACGCCUCAGCAACUAUGACAUGGUGCUGAAAAACGUCAUCCUGACCAAGGCAUCUGAGAAAGACAUAACCACUAAGGGGAGCACUACUAAGAAAGAGCGACCACCCUACAGCCGCUGCUGCCGGCCCACCAAAUAUGAGAACAUGUCAUUCUUUGACAAUAAGGCAAAAUUCUUCACAAUUCACGACGUGUCAGCCAGAAAGUGUGGCUGUGUCUGACACUGCACGGUUUGCUGAGAUGCUUGUAGUAAACGAGUUCAACGCAGUCAUGGGAUUAUAUAAGCGAUUAAUUGUAUGUAUAGAGGGGCUUCAGAAAGAAGCUGGAAUCAGUUAAAUCGAAGUGGAAGGUGAACCAAUCCUGUGAAAUCUCACUUGGAGAAUCCAUGCUGGAUCUAUGCAUUUCAUAAUCCAAGCCACAGUCUCUCUGGCAGGGCAGAGGGGAGCAAUAUAGAAGUUUCGUAAGGAGGAGUUUUGUCAAAGAAUGUUUCAAGCUUAAGGGAAAAGCAUUUUUAGUGGCAUCAUUUGAUGUAGUAAACUUCAGUGCUACACAACACUGGCCUUUUACUGAAGACAUGAAAAACCGCAAUGGAGAAAAUCCAGAAUAAUGUUAAAUAGGAUAUUUCCAUAUGGACUACAGCAGUAUAAAAAAGUGUGUUUAUUUUGUAACAAAUAUAUUCAAGUAUGAAGUUAUCCACAGCUACCUCAUUUGUAUUUGGUUACAGAAAGAUGCAUCACACCAUUUCCCUUCUGGUUAACUAUUUGUUAAUACAAAUGUUUAAAAAUACAGUCUUCUCAGGUCAUAUACUGUAAAUAACAGCACACAUUGUUACUUGAAGUGAAAACCCAUCAACGGACACCCUCGUUUCAUUUGCCCUUGUCAAGGAUACAGCUUCCCUUAAAGUCAUGUAAUCCCCAAUCCAAAUACAGAAUUGGAUUUUUGUGUAGUAGGUCAUAAACACUGUGAUGUUUAUAUGUUGAAGACAUAUUCAACUAUUAAUCAAAUGUGCUGCUUUUAAUGGACUGUUGUUACCUGUAAGUGUGUGGUUCACCUUAAAAUAUUAAUUCUGCUCUUAAAGAUUAUACUCUAGUACAUUCCCAAGGUUAGGUAAGACUUGUGCUGUUGGAUUGUCCCACAUUUUUAGCCCACUGUACACAGCAUUACCAUCUAAUUCCCUUUAAGUCAAUGCGGCCAUAAAUAACCAAAAAGAACAGUUAGAUAACUAUAUUUACUAUCUCUCUUUCUGAUUAUUUUCUCCUACAGGUUGAUGGAAGGUUUGUUAAAUUAAAUACAGGACAUAAUUAAGCACACAAACAAAUACAGAUUGUGCCUGAAUUAUAUACAGAACAAUCAAGCUCUUACCACAGCCUGACAUAAAAUCUAAUUGACUUACUGUGAACACAAGGCAACAGCUGAAGGAACAUGCAGCCUCAUGGAUGCACUCAAACAACACAGCAAAAAAGCCAAACUAAAAAAAGUCUGGCUUUAAAUUAAAGAAUUAAAUUGUACCCUAUGCUUCGUUCAAAAGCAAUCUUCAAUAAAGAAUUUUUUUUUAAACUAUAUAAAUAAUCCUAUUUUUAUCAGAAUAUUUAUACAUUGCAAUUAUAAUGAAUUAUCCCAAAUUUAUCUCUAAAGGAAAUUCUAUAAUUCCGAGGCAUAAGAUGAAAAACUCCAUGGGGAAUGUGAUGCAAUAGGAUUUCAAUACACAUUUAUCAUCUUGUAACUCCAUAUACAUUAAUAUAUUCAUAUUUUGUAAGUCUCUAAAUACAACGGUUUCGUUUUUGGAGGGUGAUAUGAUAUGUUGUAACUUCUGUCCAUUAUUUUUUAGAAUGGAUUGUUUCUAAGUACAUAAAGUGUAUUUUGUUUUGUAUCAUUCUGUGUACCUCUGUGUAAAGAUGAGCUGAAUGAGGCAGUACUAUGUAUGUACAGACAGCUUCUUUCCAAGUUACCAAUUUACAGAUUGGUAGCAUUGGAAAUUUUUCACACCAACAGCAGAAAUGUUGAUGCAGUGCAUCUUUGAUGUGAAUACUCAAUAUUUAUUGGACAGUGGUGUGCAUAUUUAUUUAGAUACUUUACUCGAAAAAGAGAUAUUGACUUAUUUAUUUAAAUAAACAGCUUGUGCCAAAUGUAUUUUCUAACAAAUCCACUAUU